AUGAAACAACCUAUUGGAUUCAUUGAUCAGACCAAACCAACGCAUGUUUGUCGGCUCAAAAAAGCUAUUUACGGGCUUAAGCAAUCUCCUCGAGAGUGGUUCGCCACUCUCACCGGACAUCUUCAAUCACUCGGUUUUAAACUCAGUUCAUCAGAUCCUUCUCUUCUUCUUUACAACCACAAUGGUGUCCAAAUGUUUUUCUUGGUCUAUGUUGAUGACAUCAUCCUUACCGGUUCUUGCUCCAAAGCUCUCAAGAAGCUCAUCGAUAAUCUGCACGCAACUUUCACAAUGAGAGAUCUAGGCUCAUUGUCUCAGUUCAUGGGCAUCCAAGUCACACCUACUUCUUACGGUCUUCAUCUAUCUCAAAGUCGUUUUGCUCAAAGUAUUCUCACUCGUGCAGGUAUGACAAAUUGUAACCCGGUUUCUACUCCUUCUUAUUUAAAAUCUUCUAUCAAAGGUCUAACUGCUUCUUAUUCCAAUCCUACUUUCUAUCGCCAACUCGCCGGAUGUCUUCAAUAUCUAACUCUAACUCGGCCGGACAUCACUUACACCGUCAACAAGGUUUGCCAACACAUGCAGAAUCCGACAAUUUUACAUUUUGAAGCUCUCAAAUGCCUCUUACGGUACAUCCAAGGCACGUUGCACAUUGGUCUUCCUCUGUUUCGGGACAAAUCGGUUCUUCAGUCCUACUCCGACUCCGAUUGGGCAGGUGAUACAAAGGAUCAGAAAUCAAUAACGGGUUACUGUAACUUUCUCGGUUCGUCUCUCAUAUCCUGGUGUACAAAGAAACAAAACACUGUGGCUCGGUCCUCCACCAAAGCUGAAUACCGAGCUCUUGCUUCCGCGGCAGCAGAAAUAACGUGGAUCUGGCGACUGCUACAAGAAUUAAAUUGUUCUCAUCACGAAUCCACUCCUCUAUUUUGCGACAAUACUUUUGCUAUCGCCUUAGCAAACAACCCUGUGUUUCAUGCUCGAACCAAACACAUUGAGGUCGACUGUCACUACAUUCGUACCUGCAUUAAAGACAAAACCACCCAGAUUCAUCACAUACCUACUAAGGAUCAACUGGCUGAUUUACUCACCAAGCCGUUACCUGCUCCACGGUUCAAAUUUCUUGCUCACAAGCUGGUUCAACCGCUGGAGACAACAACUUGA